CGCAGUCCCUAACCGGCGCAGUCCUGUCUGGCGGCGGUGGCUGUGUUGGUGUAGUAGGAAGUGUACAGAAUCAGCUGUCACCGAUCUGCGGGAUCUAAAAAUGUUUACGCUCGCUCCCCGGUCUCUAAUAUCUCGAUCGGCCAUAGCCGGUCAGAAGGGUAUAUUAUCAGAAACCAUUCGUGUCCUAAAGGCGGAUGACACCUCUAAGAGGACCGUCACCGGUGACAUAAUUUCUCCCUCUCAAGUAAUGGGUAUUGACCACCUAAGAGAUCCGAGGCUAAACAAGGGACUGGCAUUUACUCUCGAAGAACGUCAAGCAUUGGGCAUCCACGGACUUCAACCUGCACGCUUCAAAUCCCAAGAAGAACAAUUAGAACUCUGCAGGAUAUCAAUAGAAAGGUACCAAGAGGACUUGAAUAAAUAUCUAUAUCUCACAGAAUUGCACGACAGAAACGAGAAGUUGUUCUUCCGUUUGUUAUCGGAGAACAUUGAAAAUCUCAUGCCGAUCGUGUAUACUCCUACGGUAGGACUGGCUUGCCAGAAAUUCGGGUUGAUCUACAGGAGGCCUAGGGGACUGUUUAUUACUAUUAAUGAUAUUGGGCACGUGUUCGAAGUAUUAAAAAAUUGGCCCGAACCAAACGUAAGAGCCAUCGUGGUGACUGACGGUGAACGUAUCUUGGGUCUGGGGGACUUGGGCGCCUGCGGCAUGGGCAUCCCUGUCGGAAAACUAGCGCUGUACACAGCCCUAGCGGGGAUCAAACCUCACGAGUGUCUGCCGAUUGUCCUGGACGUCGGUACCAACAAUCAGAACCUUUUGGAAGAUCCCCUCUAUGUAGGGUUGCGCCAGAAGAGGGUCACCGGCAAGCUCUACGACGAUUUCGUCGACGAGUUUAUGCAGGGGGUGGUGAAACGUUACGGACAGAACACGCUCAUUCAGUUCGAGGACUUCGGCAACCACAACGCCUUCAGGUUCCUCGACAGGUACAGGGAGCAGUACUGCACCUUCAACGACGACAUACAGGGCACCGCCAGUGUGGCCGUUUCCGGAUUAAUGGCCUCCACUAGGGUGACGGGAAGGAAGCUGUCCGAUAACAAGUUCCUUUUCCUUGGGGCUGGGGAGGCGGCUAUUGGCAUCGCCGAUUUGACGGUGAAAGCUCUAGAGAACGAGGGUUUGACGUUGGAGGAGGCUAGAAAUAAGAUUUGGAUGGUCGAUAUUGACGGCUUGCUCGUUUUGGAGAGGCCGGAGGGAGGUCUCGACGGUCACAAGAAGUUUUACGCCAAGAACCACCCUCCUGUUAAAGAUUUUGCUGCCGUUGUCAAUGAGAUCAAACCGUCAGUGUUGAUUGGUGCUUCUGCGGCAGCUGGCGCCUUUACCCCUGGAAUCUUAAAAUCCAUGGCAACUUUCAACGAGCGACCCAUAGUGUUCGCCCUCAGUAAUCCCACUAGCAAAGCAGAGUGUACGGCGGAACAGGCUUAUAGUAAUACAGAUGGUCGUGUGAUAUUCUCCAGCGGUUCGCCCUUCGGUAAAGUCACCCUAGGGGAGAAGACCUUCUAUCCGGGCCAGGGUAACAACGCCUACAUCUUCCCAGGGGUGGCGUUGGGUGUGUUAUUGGCAGGGAUCCACCAUAUCAAUGAACAGAUCUUCCUACUCGCUUCCGAGACGGUAGCGAAGUUUGUUAACGAAGAAGACCUGGCGAGGGGUAGCCUUUAUCCGCCCCUGAGCUCGAUCAAGGAGUGCUCCAUGAGCAUAGCGUGCGAAAUACUGGAAUAUGCUUAUAAAGAACGUAUCGCGUCAGUGUAUCCUAAACCUAAGGAUAUGCGAAAAUACGUGGAAUCUCACCAGUACAACCACAACUACGAGCCCUCGUUGCCCCAAAAUUGGCCCUGGCCCAAUCCCCCAUACAUUAAGACGCGACCUAUGGAACCCACCAAAUUAAAAGCGUAGUGUUCUGGGCACUCUGCUGAGCUGCGACGUAAAUUGAAUUUUUUAGCGUUAGGAUAACUUAUUUUGUAUUUUGUUAAAUGACGUUUCUUUUUCCUUUUUUUUUUUGUGAUUCAAGGUUUAUUUUUAAUUUCCAAACAAGAACUCUUUAGCGUGGAUGAGAUGUACAGUAUCGUGCCAUAUAUCAAACGUUUAAAUAAUUUGCGUACUUAAUUGUUAUUUUUGUAACAAAUUGUAUCAUCGUAUUAAUUCGAGUAUUCAUUUAAUUUUAAAGUGUCUUUUUUUUACAAAUCGAUUGUGGAUUGAGCAAUAUCACUACAGUAUUCUUUUCUGGUCAUUUUAACCAUUCGUUUUGGUAUGAUUUUCAUUGUAUGUGUAAGUUAAAUAUAUAUAUAUUACAAUGUU